AACCCAGUGAACAGCCCCGUGCCGCGGUUCUAACACCGAAGUCAAUCCGCCAGCCGCUUGGAAAAGUAGAAGUGUAACCCGUCGUCACCCUUGCACCCACCGUGCAACGCUUUCCUACUCGACAGGAGGCAAAGCAAGUUGCAUUACGUCUUGCAGAAAUCAACGACCCAGUCACUAUGUCGAGAUAUGCCGGAAACAUAGUAUGGGAGGGCCUAGCGCCGAUUCCGCAAAAACACGAAGGAGCUACGCCGCUAGCCACGAUAGCAUACAAGGAAGAAUAUGUUGAAGCAAUGUCUUAUCUGAGGGCUGUCAUGGCGGUGAAUGAAUGCAGCGAAAGAGCUCUGAGCCUCACCGAAGACAUCAUUCGCAUGAACCCUGCUCACUAUACUGUCUGGCUAUAUCGAUGCAAGAUUAUCUUCACUCUCAACAAGAGUCUCUGUAACGAGAUUGAAUGGGUCAACAAUAUCUCCUUAAAGUACCUCAAGAACUACCAAAUAUGGCAUCACCGCCAAACCAUAAUCGACAAACUCGGUUCUGCAGAGGGGGAGACGGCAUUCAUUGACCAGAUGCUCGAAAAAGACGCGAAGAACUAUCAUGUAUGGAGUUAUCGUCAAUGGCUAGUCAAGAGGUUUGACCUUUGGAACCAAAUGGAGCUAGACUUUGUUAAGAAGCUAUUAGAGCAAGACUUGAGGAAUAACUCGGCUUGGAACCAUCGAUUCUUUGUCGUUUUUGGCAAACCGAACACUAGUGCACCAACCGACAAGGCUAUACUAGGUAGAGAGAAGACAUUUGCGGAAGAGGCCAUACGCAAAGCGCCCCAGAACCAAAGCCCUUGGAAUUACCUUCGAGGUAUCUACAGGCAGUCCAAAGAAUCGAUAGUAGAGCUAAGUCCCUUCGUGCGCGAGUUCUGUGGCAUCAACGAGAACGACUUGGUACAGUCAAGCCAUGCAUUGGACGUCUUUGCUGAGAUACACGGCGAUAUCCCGGAGACCCAGCUCAUGGCAGCAAAAGCUCUGGAUCUACUUGCUAUGCGCUACGAUCCAAUCCGUGUCAAUUACUGGAACUAUCGCAAAAGACAAAUUGAAGACCAGACAACAGUUGCCGCUUGACCCUGUUUCGAGGCGGUUCAUUGUGAA